AUGAGGAUACGUGGCGUGGAACGUGUCCAGCGCGCUCGGGAUCGGAUCGCUGACGCUGGCCUGGAACCGGUCCUCCAACUGAACCCCGCGGACUAUACUGCCUGGGAGAUCGCACGGGAGCUCGGCGAGGACGAUUUGGCCAAAGCGGAUCAGUGGUGCCGCAGGUUUCCCAAGAACUACCAGGUUUGGCACCACCGGCGUGUGCUUUUGAUCAGGCGUCUCACCGAGUGUGAAGCGCUUGAGGCCUCAGCCCUGUCAGCGCUCGGCGCAGAGGAGCUGGAUCGGCUCGAUGCGCUGCUCACGGACCCGGAAAACGCGAAAAACUAUCACUUGUACAGUCAUCGGCAGUGGUUGAUUCGAAAUCCGCAACUUAUAAACGAAGAUCUGCUCUGGCGAGAGUGGAACAGCACCACUGUUCGCGAACUCGAACGUGACCCGCUGAACAACUCGGCUUGGCAGCACCGCUGGGCGGUGCUCACGGAACUGCGUCGACGGGGAUGUUUUCAUUUAGAGCGAGAUGCAUUCGCUGAAGAUCUCGUUGAGCGCGUUCGCUGCCAACCGGCAGCAGAUUACGUUAGCGCCUGCAGGGCGUGUCUCGCUGAAAAGUGUGCUUCAGCUAGCUUUCCGGAACGGUGCGGAUGA